AAAUUCAGUGCCAAAAAGAGUUUGGAGCGUACUCAAUAUCUUAUCUGAUAUCUAGUACUUGAUGUGUUAAAAUAAGCAAAACAAUUCAGUAAACUUGUGUUUGUUGUGGAAAUAAUGUUUAAAGAAAGUAAUUUGUAUCCUCAAGUUAAUAGAAUUAAAUAACAAAAGUGAUUUGAAUCAAGUCCGAUUCACCAAAUUCAUUUGGCUAAUUGAGUCCAUGAAAUAUCGAUAUUUACUUUGUUUUGAACUUUGCAACAGCAGCGACAGGCUAAAAGUGAACUCAUAAGAGAGUAGCAGUUCAUUCGAAUAGUUUGUUAAUUAAGUCUUCCGCUUGUUUCGUUUUGUUAUUUAUUUAGUUAACUAUUUUAAGUGCUAGUUUUAUUCUAGAUUUUUUGUGCGCCUUUAAUUUGAGAUGAUAAUUUAUGUUUCAAGUAUUUUAUUUUCAAAUCUUAUUUUUGUUUUCUUGGUAAACUCAGUUUUUAGAUGUGAUAAGAAGGCAACUUAAGUAUCUAAUCACUAUUUCACCAUUAUUCAGCCAUCAUCACUCCAUUGUUAAGCAAACCUUUAGUUUUCUGGUCAUCAUUAUAUUGACUUUGAUUGCAGCAAUAAGAUGUCACGAGCCACAAUGCCUUGAAAUCAAUGCUGACUAAAUUACCGAGAAGUAUAUCUGAAUGAAACAUCAUUCUGGUUCUACUUUAUGAUGACAUCGACAGAUAAUAUUGUGGCAUUGUAUAAUAUACUGGCCAAUCCCAUUCUUUUGCACAUUUCUGGAACGUAAUGCAAAUGUUACCCUGAUGAAUCUCCCCUCAAAGUUAUUUGUUAUUACCAUCGAUAAAAACAGUUCAGUAAGAUGGGAUUAAAGCUGGAGCUGUCUAAAAGACGCAUGAUAUUUGCUUUAUUUUCUUUCUUGUUGGUUUAUAUGAUUUGUGAAUUGCUGUUUAUUGGAGAAUUUUCGACACCUGACCAAGAAAAUGUAUACGAUUAUGAAAAUGAUUGGUACGAGUCCAACUCAACGGUGUGUGAUCUUCCAUUUCGUAUGCAUCCUUAUGAUACAACGAUUAAGGAUUUAAUCCGGAGAAAGCCCAAUAAGAUAGUAUGCAUCAAAUCAGACGAUGGAGCCUAUGAUUCGCUAUACAAUCUUUACCAAGGACAAUCUCUAUCUUAUAUGAAUGAUGAUGAUCCAAUUGUGCGAAUAUUUCGGAUUAGAGAUCAUGAAAAAUCACUGAAGUGCCUGUACCAACCUUUUGAUCGUGAUGGCAAUGAUGAUGGGAUUAAAUUUUUGGAAAAGAGACCAAUAAUUGGUCAUAAAUUAGAUCUGGAAAAAAUUGGAGCUGAGUUUGUUAAUAUCGAAUGCUAUCUCUCAGGUGCAUUAGUUUAUAGUAACAUCCAUUCUUGGCCAAGUCGAGUUCCUUCCCAUGCAGAUGCCACAUCUUCCAAUAACAAAGAUCAUUCGAUAAUUAAUAAUUAUCCAACACUAUAUGUAAAUAAGCAAUCUGUGAUGUUUCUUGUCAUAGAAUCAAUGUCUCUUCUCAAUUUUGAUCGAUUCAUGGUUAAAACGAAAGAAGCAUUAUCAAAGUUGUCUAAUAAUUUCAUUCUUCGAGGAUUGAAUAAAAUGGCUGAUAAUUCUUACCCGAACAUGAUGCCACUUUUAUCAGGAUAUCGACCCUAUUAUGGAGAAUGGCCGUUUGAAUUUGAAGUUGGUAAAGGUCCUUAUGACGAUGUUCAAUUCAUUUGGGAUGAUUUCAAAAGACAGAACUAUACAACUGGCUACAUUGAAGAUGAUCCCAAAUUCGCGUUAUUCAAUUACUUAGCUGAAGGAUUUAAAAAGCCUCCGACUGAUUGGUAUCCUAGACCCUAUUGGUUAAGAAUGGAUUAUGAACAAGGAAUCGAGUCUCCAACAUUUUGCUACAAACAGAAACCUAAAAUAAUUUAUUGGUUAAAACAAAUCAAACAAUUUCUGAACAAAGUUAACAAAACGAAGCAACCUUUCUUUCUAUGGUCUUUUUACAUUCAAGUCACUCAUGAGGACUUUAAUAAUGCUCAGCUCAUUGAUCAAUAUAUUGCUGAUUUCAUCAAUUCUUACCGCCAUAUACUUGAAAACACUGUCUUUGUAAUCAUGGGCGAUCACAAUAAUCGUUAUGGACCUUUAUUCAUGACAGGAUAUGGGCAAAUCGAAACUCGAAUGCCACUAUUUAAUAUUCACGUUCCUCCACAACUAUUACAUAAGCAUAAACAUUUAGCUCAUUAUUUAAAGAUGAAUGAGAAAAGGUUAACUACUUGGUUAGAUGUUAGGGAAAUGUUGAAAGACAUUGUUUCAGGUAAUUAUGAACCAAUCGUUUCCUUUUCUAAACGUGAUGUUUACUCUGUUUGGCGAGAAGAAGUUCCUUUAGAUAGAACCUGUAAAGACGCCUUGAUUCCCAUGGAGUUUUGUUUAUGUUUAAAAAGACUCAAUUUCCCUGUUGAUUCACAAUUAGCUCAAAUAGUAUCAACAGCGUUAGUCACUCGACUCAAUCAAGCUUUAUCCCAGUUCAAUAAUCUCUGCUAUCAGCUUUCUCUCAAAGAUGUUCAUAGUGUCAAAAUUGUUCGGUUACCUGGAGAAUCCAAUCCAAAUAAUCGUGUUGAAGUUACUUUAUCUGUUAAUCCUUCAAAUGGACUUUUUCAAGCGCAGCUUUACUUAAAAAAUACAAAAAUUUUAAACAACUCAGGUAUUGAUGAUUGGAUGCUCGAAGGAGAUGUUUCGAGACUCGAUUCCUAUGGUAAUCAAUCAUUAUGCAUCAACGAUAGAGUUCUUCGGAAAUACUGUUACUGCCGCGAAGUGAUACAUUCCCGAUGAACCAUAAUCCACCAACAAUAAUAUCAACUACGCAAAUUUUUGAAAUUCACCUGAUCAAAAAGAAAAUACCAAAAUUGAAAAUCGAUCUCAUCUUUUUUUUCAUUCCAUAUUUUUCUCAAACAAUUGCUGUUCGAAAAUGUUAUCAACCUUCUGGCAGCUUCUCAGUCUUUCAUGAGAUUGGUUGAGAUUCCAUUUCAUCGACAACAUCUCAUCUUAAUCCAAAAAUAGUUUAAUGAUCAAAGGAUAUUUAGUCCAUUGAAGCCAAAGACAUAUUUAAUAUUUGCACAGAAAAAAAUGUCCAUAAAAUUAGUAAAAUUUCUGUCCAUUUGUUGGUUUAAAUUAAAAUGAGCGAUUAUAAAUUAAAGAACGAAAAAUUUAA